CCAAUCCCCACAAUGGAACCGUAAAAACCCUAAUCCGGAAUUCAUAUAUUUGUUAGAUUAAAAACACUUUUUCCGUUAAAGCUCUCUCCGCAGAGACAAAGCCCCUCACAAUUCUAGGGUUUUUGCCGCACCACCAGCAGAAGAAAUGGGUAAAGGAACUGGAAGCUUUGGAAAGAGAAGGAACAAGACUCAUACUCUCUGCGUUCGAUGUGGACGUCGAAGCUUCCAUCUCCAAAAGAGCCGUUGCGGUGCUUGUGGCUAUCCUGCCAGCCGCAUCCGAAAAUAUAACUGGAGUAUGAAGGCUAUUAGAAGAAAAACCACCGGGACUGGCCGCAUGAGAUAUCUUCGUCAUGUGCCCAGGAGAUUCAAAACUGGCUUUAGAGAAGGUACUGAAGCAGCUCCAAGGAAGAAGGCAGCUGUAGCUGCUUCAUAAGUUUAAUUGUGGUGUUUUCUUUUCAGAUUCCUAUAAACACAAGUUUUGUGUUUGUAUUAACUGUGUUACUUUUAUUUUUCAAGUAAUAUUUACAAAUGGUAAGUUUUACUUUGUUAUGAAUCUUUUCAACUUAUUUUGAUUAUUGAGUAUACUUUGUGCUUCGUGAGGUA